AUGAUUGAAUUGGUGCUUACUCUAGAGGCCUGUUUAGAUCACAUUCACCAAAAUACGGAUCUACUUCCUGACUACUACCAGGCCUGUAGUGUCAAUGGCAAUAGCUCAAACGGAUGCACCCACACUGUCUGUUCAUCCAUCGCCCCCACUACUACCUUUGUCGCUACAGCUACUACCACCACCUCAGCCCUUAGCAGCAACAGCAUCAAUGUCAAAUUUUGUCCAGGACAAGCAUCGAAUGCUGCAUGUGGUCAGCCUCUCACCAAUGUUUCGCCUCGGUCGCAGCUAUCCGGCCCUUCAGCUCCCCCAUGCACAAUAACCCGUCUCUUAACCUCCAGGGCCCCAGACCACAUUUCUACAUCAUCUACUUCGUCUUUAUCGGCUAGCACUUCAGCAGGGCCUCACUCCGUUCAUCCCAAGGUGACGAAGGGCAGGCACGUACGUCGUAGCUCUGCUUCAGCAAGCUCACUCGGUCUGGAGGUGCUCGUAACUGCCGGAAUUUCGCAGCCUGUUGGAGCAUAUGCGUUACCAACCGAUAAGUCCGUCCGGGCAGCUAAUGGAUCUUCAAGCGACAUGUCAGCGCCACGGUUGCUAUCCAGUCGACCAACGCCUUUGGAAGUGUCAACUACAAGCGCAACCUCUAUCCCACUAUCUAACGAUGGCAGACAACGUAUGGUCUACGUUGGGCCGGGAGAAAAUUCACAAUUUCAGACGAGACUCUAUCAAAAGAAGUCUCAACGUUUAAACUCAAAUAAGCCUAGUGAGUUAGACAACCGUAGCCACUCGCAUUCUUCAUGUUUAUCUCCCAAUCGUCAACAUUAUUCCGACCCGACCAAAGGAGUGCGUAAGCCUACAGUAAUGAGGCAUGCUCCUAUGUCACUACUUCCUCUGGAGAUCUCCUCUAACGAGCAACAAGAGGGCUUGACUCUUCUGGACAUGUCAGACUUAGGAUCUGCUGAAAACCUAUUUCAGUCGUCCUGUCAAUUAGGUCAGGAUGAAUUUGGAGAUCUUAUAUGUGGAAUCUUCUGGACAGGCGUGUGCCUGCUCGAUUCUGACUUUGAGCACGAGUUCGUGGCCGGUCUUCGGCUCUUAUCCCGCCUUCUACCAACUGUCUGCCUUCCCACACAAAUGGCACUGGCCACAUUCCAGCCAAAGAACCGUCUCCAAGGCCAAACUACUUCGAAAUUUCAUCAUUGUAACCAUAAUCUUCACCACAAUCACUCUCACUACCAUUCGCAACAUCCCAAAUGUCAAUCGGCAACGGUCAGCUUACACCUGCCGGUCACUCCACCUCCAUCAUUUUUACCUUCUACGUCAAGCCUUUCGCAUUGCUUACCAAUGGAAGCUGGCAGAGAUUCAACGAGUCUAAGUGGGGUGCAGAAGUUCCAUUUGAUAUCAAAUUAUGGCCGUCUAAUGGAGAAGACAUUGGAAAAGAUGGCCUGGAAACAGCCAAGAUUUCCAGGGCUUUUGAGCCUAAUCCUGAAGGUAGGCAUAACUCUGUGA